CUCCGCGGCCUAGCGGGCGCGGGUGCUGGGAGAAGCCUGCCUGGAGCCGACUCCUCUAUUGAGGGUCCCCCAAACGGAGCCCCACCCCGACCUUCCCCCAGCAUGAACGGCCGGGCUAGCUUGAGCGGCAAGCCCUACAGCGCGGGGGUGCGCAUCGCCAACUGGAACGAGGACGCGUACUUAGAGGAGGACCUCUUGAAAGAUUUUUUGUAUAAAAGAGAAAAAGGAGAACUUCUAAUACAGAAAUCAAGGAGACUUAAAAAUAAUCUUUUAAAGCAGAUGCAACUAUCAGUUUCGAAAGAUGGAUUUGUUCACUUUGGAGACAUUGUGAUGCUUUUGAGCCCUGAAAACAAUAAAUCACCUAUGGAGAAUUACCCUGCAGUGCGUGGCAAUCUAACUUUGGCAGUUACUCCAGAUGAUAUAACAGUACAUAUGUCUGAGUCAUUGCAAGUCCCCUGUGGAGUGAGUGCAGUGAAAAGUGUGAACCCUGUUGGUCGAAGUGCAUUUCGUAUCCUAAGUGUUGAAGGAAAUUCUAUGGGUGAACCCAUUAGAUUUGGGCAGAAUUUUGGUCUUGGGGCAACAGGCGGUUUUACCGAUCAAAUGUUAUAUCUUGCAAGUGACCAUAAAUCAUUUACGAGAUUUGCUAAAAAAUCAUACCUUCAGCAAGUGUUUUUGACAGAUGAGCUCUCCUAUCUGACAUGCUGGCAAGCUACCUUUUUGGAUCCACAGCUGCGUCUUGAAUAUGAAGGAUUUCCAGUUCCUGCAAACACUAAAGUCCUUAUCACUCAUUGCCAUACAAAUAGAGGUUUAGCAGUUCCUAGGAACUAUUGGAUAAGGUCAUACUUUGGAAAGGAAUAUGAAGUCAUCUGUCACACCUAUCUGGAUUCCCAUAAAGCUGAAGAAGAUAAGAAUUACUGGAUAAUAGUAACUGCGAAUCCCAGUGAUGAUGGAAAUACUAUGUUUGACAGACCUAAGCCUCCCUCAGAGGAGACCAGAGAGAGAGAGAAGAAUGAACUUUAUGCAGGAACAUAGAAUGUAAUAGUCCAAGGUCAAAAAUUUUCAUUUUAUUUAUGCUUUUACAAAAUGAAAAUUCGAAUUUUGAUGAUGAUAAUUAGAGCUUUGAGUGCACUUCACACUUUCUCUAUUCACAUUUUAUUUUUAACCCUAGAUUCAUUUAUUUUAUAAGUAGUUAUGAAAAUCUGCCAUUAAUUACACUGGGAAGCCCCAUUGAAGUCAGGGUUUCACUUAAAUGUAACUGAGGACAGAAUUUGGUCAAUAAAAUUGGUGAUCCAUGUACAAGCUCAGCUCUAGGAGUUCUCUUAACCAAGCAAGGCUUGAUUUUCCCAUUUUGACAUUCACUGAUGGUAACAGAUGUGUCAGAAAUUAGUAACACUAAUGGAUUUUCCUCAGCAUCCUAAGAACUUAUUUAACUACUUCUUUCAAAAUAAGCCACUGUCUCUUUUUUAAGGAUAAUGGAUAUAUGGUAGUUUCCAAAACAUUAAAAGCCAAAGGCAUGCCAGCUUAUCAUUGGAAUCUUCGGCACUUAGAGACCACCUCAGAGAACCUUAUGUCAAUUGAACUCACUUUUUCCUCUGGCUAGCACAGCAUUGCCAAGUGUUCAAAAAUCAUAAAUCAGGAGUCAAAAUCACAAGAUUGGCUUACAGAUUGUGACUUCUAAAAAAAAUAGUAAUUUGGGGAUUCUUUAAUUUGCCUUUUGGAUUUUGAGUCUUUAGGAAUCAUGUAUUCAAGCUUUUCUUCAGAAUUACAAGGCUGGGAUGGAAGAGCAGCAGCAUUGUGAUAGGCUAUUGGUGUACAACAAGGGAAGGACAUUUUUGGCCAAAACGAACCAAGACAAAUCUCCAUUCUUAUAAAAAUGGUGAGGAAUCUUUAAUGUCCAAGCAAUUCAGACAAGACCUUGGUUUUAAAAGUCUUACCAAAAUAAGUUUCAAGGAACUCUGCAAGGGCUGAUUUGACCCUGUCAUAAUUUCAAGCUAUAUUUCUAGAGUCUGUCUGAUUCAAACCGAGUGCCUAGGACUUUUGAACCACUGCCUGCAUCCAGUAUAAAAUGAUCAAAUUCUUCUUCCUGGAGAACAAGAAAUAAAGCCAAAAAAUUAUGAAACUAAGAAAAACUGAUCAUCCAUUUGCUUGCUGCAAAGCUGAAAAACUACUGAUGCUUGUGUACAAAUCUAUUGGUCUACAGUACCCAGUGAGUUUCUCUGUUUAUAUACAGUAGUUAAUUCCAAUCCUUAGAGGUACAGUGAUAACUUUAAAAAGAAAGUACACAAAAAUAAGCACCGACUGAAUGGGUUGUCUUGUGUGUAACUUUUUUGGAUGUUCUCUUGCUGCCGCAAUAAGCCAAAUAUAUUGUUCAUAGAAUUGUCCUUUGCCCUUUUCCCAUGACCAUGCCAAAUGGCAGAUGGUAAACAAACAGAUCUGGCUGCUCUGGUGGUUUAGUGGUCACAAUGUACAUGGUUAAUGGGCCUCUAAAUUCUCCUGCCUCCUUAAUCAAUCUACAGUUGUUGCUUGCAGUGCUUACAAAUGCUAAAAAUUAAAGCAUCUUACUGUUUGCAAUUAUAAUCCAAAACCGUAACCUAUUUUAACAUAAUAUAUUGUUAGACAAAGAAAAACAAGUGCUUUAUUACAGGGAAGAAUUUGAAUUUCACAAGGCAUAAACCAGUCGCAUACAUUUUUUACCUUGGCUAUAACUCUUCGCAGAUGAAUCCAUUACAGUCUAACUCAGUAUUUUUAUAAUGUAAUGGCAUCAUGAUAUGUUAUAGUAUAAACAAUUAAUCUUUUUUAAAAUCGUAUUUUCUUUUUAAAAUUGAGUUUCUGUAAGAUUUUAGUAUAAUCAUACAGUUCUCAACACUGGUCACAAGAUGGCAACCUUUUUUUAAAAAAAGAAAACAGUCCAUCUGAACUGCUUUAAACAUUUUAAUCCAAAUCAUCCCUGAUACAUAAUGCCACAAAACGUAAUCAAGUUACAAUAGGCUUGAAUUAAGGCCAUUAGGUGUUUCCAGAGUGUUGUGUCCUGUUUUUAGAACAUGAAAUUUAAUUUUUAGGAAGCAAAACUAGGCAUAAGGAGACUUGAAACCACUCAUAUGAAGUCAGUUUCUGAAAGACAGCUAACAGGAAUGGAAAACAAUUAAGAACUAAGACAAGUUUAUAGGAAAGAAUAUCUUUAGAACCGGUUUCCUUUAUUUUCUAAACAUAGAAGCAAGUACUCCUAGCUGCAAUAUGUGAUAGACAGCAUAAACUAUUUUAGGGCCACUGUACUACCUACUCUGUAUACAGCAAUCUUAGUUCUAGAGAGAUAUUUGAGGAUUUUUAAAAAUCUUCAGAUUUUUCCAAUAAAACUCUGUAAUCCUAGUUAGAAUAGGUAUUUUUAUAUCUGAUACACUGGGAAAACUCAGUGUUCAAUAACACACACACUUGUAUUUUGACCGCUGUGGUGGUGAAUAUAUAGGGCUCUAAUUAAAAAUGUUAUAUGCCUCAAUAUGGACUCAAAAUCUGAACAAGUGUGAUGUAGACUUCUUUGCAUGAUGGUGGGCUUGUUUCUUCAUGCACACUUGGCAUAUAUAGUUAACAUUCUGGCUUCUUUUUGUGCAGAAGGAGGGAAGGAGAGUUACCUGCUGACCUCAUGCUGCAGAAAACUCGCUGGUUAGAUUCUUCCAAGGGAAGAUUAUUUAUUUAAUUCUGAGGGUUGAGUCUUUUGUUUUGUAACUGCAACCAGGGUCAAUCAGAGGGGGGGGCCAGGAGGGCCAUUUGGCCUGGGCCUCAAGCACAAAGGGAGCCUCAAAUUUAGAAAGUUGUUAAUUUUUUGGCAUUUGAUGAGUUUCACAACUUAUUUUUAUGUGCAUCCCUAUAGGACCAAAAUGUGACAUAUUCUCUCAGCCUAGAGUGGCAAAUUUAAGCAAAUAAGAGAGGUGAUUUGGUUUUUUGUUGACAGAUAUAGAUUGUCAUAUUAAAGAGUUAAAAAUAUUCAUAAAUAUUAAUAAAAAUAUAUCCGUUCUGAUGGCGCAAGAUUAGACCAUGAUGAAUGUGUCCUCUCAGAUCAGGUGAUUAUAUAAACAAACCACUACUAGUGGCUGGUACUGGAUCAGGUGCAUGUUGACAGAUUGAGAAUUGUUACAUUUUAGUGUCUUUAUAGUUUUAAGUCUAGUUGAGUAAGGAAUUAUUUAUGUAUGCUAAUUCCUCAUUAUUAUUUUCAUAUGGUAGCUAAAAAAGGUGACUAGUUGGUUGGUUGAGCCCUAGCUUGGCCAUCAUCAUACACAUUCAUAGUUUAUAGGCCCAGAUUCAAGGUGAAAAUUUGUGAGGACAAUCUUGUACAGUGACUUUUGUGAGGACACACGUUUGAAAUUUUUGGACAUUAUCCCUCUGUCUGUAUCCAUGUCUGUGUUUACUACAGGGGUUGGCAAUCUUCAGAAGUGGUGUGCCAAGUCUUCACUUAUUCACUCUAAUUUAAGUUUUCUUGUGCCAGUAAUACAUGAACAUUUUUAGAAGGUCUCUUUCUCUAAAUCUAUAAUAUGUAGCUAAAGUAUUGUAUGUAAAGUAAAUAAGGUUUUUAAAAUGGUUAAAGUUUCAUUUAAAAUUAAAUUAAAAUGUAUAGUCCCCCAGAAUGAUGGCCAGGACCCAGGCAGUGUGAGUGGCACUGAAAAUCAGCUCACGUGCUGUCUUUGGCAUGCAUGCCAUAGGUUGCCUACCCCUGGUUUACUAUAUAUAUAUAUAUGUCAACUCUUUGUCUUCAGCUCAGCCUGUUAUAUUAUACUUUGCGUGCUUGAGUUUUGAUUCAGUGAUAAGGAUAAUAACCUGUCUGACUGUUUCAUUUUCUGUUCUUAAUUAAUAUUCCUUCGUUUUAAGUCUUUUCAGUAUUUAUGUGCGAUUUAGUAUUUGUGUACAUGUUUACAGUAGAAGAUUUCAAGUGUAGAUAAGCUACUUAUUUACAUCAGAAUAUUUCAAGUGUGGAUAGGCUACAUAUUUACUUUAGAACAUUUCAGGUGUAAAUAGAUCAGAUAGAUCACUCUGAAGAGGAGAUUUGAAAGUGAUGCCAGCAAGAGAUGGCAAAAACAACGGAGUGAAGCAGCAGCUAAGAGCUCAAAGCCAAUAACUUCAUUUCUCAAACCACUGGAAAACACACCUUACCCAGCAAAAAAUGCUACAGAUAAUGAAAACUCUGCAACUGCAACAGGUAAUAUUUCAAUGUCAAUACCUGAACAGUAGUCAAGAAGGAGAUGUGCCAACAGUAACAGAUGCUGCAGAAGAUCCUGUGUACAGUCAAGAAACUCAACAGCAACAGGAAGAUGUAGAUCUUACGCAGCAAGAACAAUUCAUGAGUAUUACAAGUUUGACUGUGACUGACAUUGGAAUUAUUGACCAGACCAAUGCUGCCCAAAUGCAAUCUUUUCUUCAAAUUAGUUGUUUUUAAAUUCCAAGUAACAUUCCAUGAGAUGCUGAUAAUCAUGCUCUCCCUACUCGUCUGACGUGCACAAGAGACUGGUUAUUCUGGAGCAUAUAAAAUUGAUCUCUGUACUGUGCACCAUGCUGUAUUUUGAACAAAAGUGCUGCAAAUGCAUCAGUUCUCUCUGAUCAAUCAGGGUGGAGCAUCAACAGAGGUUGGAGGAAAUUGAAAGACCGAAUACCAUCACAUGAGAGCUCAACAUCACACAAAGAAAACUGUUGCAUGGAAAUCAGCCAGUAGGGCAGCAUCGGCUGAAAAUUCAGUUGAGAAUUUACUCUUGACUGAACUCUCUACAGAAAUUAAUAACUGGAAGAAACUUCUUGAGCACAUCUUGAAUGUCAUCCUUUUUCUUUGAGCGGGGAUUAGCUUUCUUUGGUUCCCGUCAACGUAUUGGUGAUCUUGCAAAUGGAAAGUUUCUAGGCAUAGUUGAGCUCCUCAGCAAAUAUGACCCACUUUUAUCAGAGCAUGUUAAAUGCGUUCGAGAAUCGCAAGAGAAUCAAAAGCGCAUGCAAGUCCAUUAUCUCUCCACACACAUACAAAACGAGUUUAUUGAGUUAUGCGGGUCAUUCGUACAAACAACAAUUCUUGAUGAGAUUCAAAAUGCCAAGUAUUUUUCAAUCAUUGUUGAUUCCACUCCAGAUUGUUCUCACAAGGAACAGACUACAAUGGUUAUUUGAUAUGUUAAGAUUGUAGACAGCUCAAAAUUUUCAAUUGAAGAAAGGUUUAUUUGGUUCGAUAAUUUCAUGAGAAAAACUAGAAAAGAAAUUGCUGCUCGAGUACUAGCAAUUCUAGAAGGUUUUAAGUUAGAUUUUCAAGUCUGCAUUGUUCACGCCUAUGACAGUGAAUCUAAUAUGGCUGGGAAAUACAAACUAUUUUUUCCAGCUGUGGAAACCACACACUAAACCUUGUAGGUGUUAACUGUGCUGAAUGAUGCAAGGAGGCAAUUACGUAUUUUGGAGCUCUUCGGCAAAUGUACAAUCUCUUUACUAGCAGUCCAAUAAGGUGGGAAAUUCUGAAGCAAUAUCUUCCUGUUUCACUGCAUGGGAUGUCCAAAAUUAGAUGGUCUGCACGGAUUGAUGGUGUUCAACCAGUUGCUCAGCAUUUGAAUUCAGUGAGACAGACUUUAAAUGAUCUUGAAUUUCUCAAUCUCACUGCACAUGUCCAAAUUUGAAUGCAUUCUGAUGUCAUCUUUGUGGAUGAAGGUACCUACUUUGAUCCACCAAACUAAUCUGGUAAUUGAAGCACUCAGUGCUACACUUGAUGUUGAGAGGGAUAACAUUGAAAGACUUAUCAAUGACAUUCAGCAGAUUUGUGAACAAUGAGCUGCAAUCCUGACUGAGUCCAAAUUAGUAGCACAGAAUAUUGGCAUUUUAUCUGAGUUCUCCACCAAUUGCAAUUUACCUACUGAAUCCGAUGCCAAGCAGCACUAUAGGAUCAAUGUCUUCCUUGUCAUCAUUGUCUCUAUUCAAAUCGAGUCUUACACGUCGAUUUGAGCCACUAUGACUAAUUUGUACCCUUUUGGAGUUUCUUUGGGAAUUCAGCAGACUGAGUAAUGAUGACGAUUACUUUCUGCAGCUGAAUAAUUUCAGCAACAGUACAACAAAGAAAUCUCAAAAGAUCUCAGUGACGAGGUCAUCUUCCUCAAACUAAUAUAUUCCACAAACUUUAAAUUGGAUUGCAAGCCAAAGGAAUUGCUUCAAGAAAUACUCGAACUUGGACUCCCUGGCGGUGUUUCCUAAUAUCACAAUUGCAGUGCGUAUUUUUGUCAGUUUGCCCACAUCAGUGGCUUCAGGUGAAAGCACCUUCAGCGUAUUGAAGCAGGUAAAGAACUAUCACCGUUCAACUAUGGGACAAGAGCAUUUGAAUGGGCUCGCCAUGCUUAAUAUCAACUGUGACAUUGCAUGAAAGCUAGAUUUUUCCUCAAUAAUUAGUACAUU